CGGUGGAUGUGAAGGCUGUUGGCUUGAUGCAAUGCAGAAAGCAGAAGAACUACAUGAUGUUUGUGUCUUGGUCAGAUCAGAACAACAUUCUCAUUUACCGGACGUUCGAAGAUUUUAAGAGGUUCCACAAAGAGCUGAAGAAAAAAUUCCCCAUUGAGAGCGGCUCCCUCAGGAGAUCUGACCGGACAAUACCCAGGUUUAAAGAUGCAAAUGUGAAGCAGAGGAAGAACGGGAAACCCAACAGGUGCCUGGAGAUACUGAAACUGCUGGAAACUUAUUCCCAGGAGCUGCUGAAACUGGAUGCUAAAAUCUCCCGUGGUGAAGACGUGAUUCAGUUUUUCAAGGCGCAGCCCCAAGACCUAGAUCCCUCCUUUCCUGAAGACAGUGUUGUGAUCAUGCCAUCAGAAAUGGGAGGGGAAAAGAAAACGCAGCGAGGGCAGCGGGGCUCCUCCAUCACACACCCCCAGGCUUCGCAGAGCUACAGGUGCAUCGAAACCUUUGAAACCAAAGACACGAAGAACGAGACUUUCAAAGUCGCUACGAAGGAAAUCAUCGAAGUGUUAAUCAAGGACAUGACGGGGUGGUGGCUAGUAGAAAACGCAGACAAGCAAAUAGCCUGGUUCCCGGCCUCGUACCUGGAAGAGAUUGACAUCCACAAGGACAUCCAGAACACCUUAAGCUCAAACGAGGAGGGCAGCCUGUACUUUGUCGCGCGGGCCUACGAGUCUCAGAAGGCAGACGAGCUCUCGCUGAACAACGGCGUCGUUGUGGAGGUGGUCAGGAAAUCCAACGACGGCUGGUGGCUGAUCCGAUACAACGGCCGUACUGGGUACAUCCCCUCCCUGUGCCUCCAGCCCUACAGAAAUCCUCACCACAAGCUCCAGACAAUCAUGAACUGCAGGCUCAACAUCUCCACCCCGAACCUCUGCCCCUCCCCGACAGCUCCCCAGCCGUGGGACGAGGCCGUGGCAGAGGGCAGGGUGCAGCUUUGCUCACGUCUUGACCAGACCGGAGAGGACACGAUCUCUCUGAGAAGCAGAUCGAGGUCUCUGCCUAGGGCCACCUCCACCCCAGACCUGGUGUCUCUCAGCUCGGGGAGCAGCAGCGAGCGGGACAGCCAGCUGAGCUGGAAACCCGAUUUGUCAAGAUCUCUGCCUGAAGUGGAGCAGCCCAGGAGCUCUCCCCUGGGGCACGCCUUGGCCUCGCACCGCAGCAAGUCUCCACACCUCACCCACAAGGACAGGAACGAUUCCGGCUUCGUGGAGUCAUCUACAGCCAACCUGAGUUCCUCCUUCACUGACCCAGACUUGGCCACUUGUGUCCCCAAGGUACCCGUGCGCCCCUCAGCCCACGAGAUCCUCCGGAAGUGCAGCCCCGUGACGAAGCGAGCCGUGCAGCAGUCUUCCUCCCGGCCGACCCUCCAGGCUCUGCUCCCUCUCCCCAGCGUGCACUAA